AUGGCGCCAUCCGCUGCCCCCUCCUCCUCCUCGCACCUCCUCCUCGCCUCGCCCCACUCCCCGCCCACUCUCCUCAGGCUCCGCCGCGCGGGCGGCCGCUCCCUGGGGCUGUCACGGCGAGGCGGGAGCGCACGCCUUCGGGUCGUUCGACGAGCGGUGGAGGACGAGAGCGGGGCCGCGAGCGGGGGUCAGGAGGUGGAGGCGGCCCCGGAGGAGCCAGUGGCUGGUCGCGACCUCGUCACGCUCGCCGCCUGCCUCGUGGGCCUCCUCACCGGCGUCUCCGUUGUGCUCUUCAACCUCUCGGUUCAUGAAAUACGUGACAUAUUUUGGGACAGUAUUCCUUUGCGAGGCGCUUCAUGGCUGAGGGAGGAGCCGAUUGAUGAAGUCUGGCAGAGAGUGAUAUUUGUUCUGGUCAGUGGAGGUGUUAUAGUAGGUGGAUUGAACACACUAAGAAGUUAUAUCAAAACUAACUCAAAUGCCCCUGUGUCCAAGAUAAAGAGUGCAUUUAGACCAUUCUUGAAAGCUAUGACAGCAUCUUUCACACUUGGAACUGGCAAUUCACUGGGUCCUGAGGGUCCCAGUGUGGAAAUUGGUUCUGCAAUAGCCAAAGGAUUUGGUAAUGUGUUUGAGUGGGAGGGUGGGAAAAGGCUGUCUCUUGUGGCAGCAGGAUCAGCAGCUGGGAUAUCAUCUGAGAUUGGUCUAGGUUCUGAUCCUGCUUUCACUGUCCCAGAAUAUGAUUUUCGCUCCCCAACAGAACUUCCUCUAUACGUUUUGCUGGGUGUCUUCUGUGGGUUGGUGUCAAUUGCAUUAUCAAGAUGUACAUCACUUGCUAUGGAGGCAGUUGAAAGUUUACAAAGGGCAACAGGGUUACCGAAGGCUGCAUCUCCGGCUUUAGGUGGCCUCGUUGUUGGUCUCCUUGCACUUUUGUACCCUGAAGUAUUGUACUGGGGCUUUGAAAAUGUUGAUGUCUUGCUGGAAUCACGACCAUUUACAGGCGGCCUCUCAACGACCAUAUUAGUUCAGCUUAUUGGAGUGAAAAUAUUAGCAACAUCUUUGUGCAGGGCUUUUGGAUUGGUUGGUGGUUACUAUGCACCAUCUCUUUUUAUUGGUGCAGCUACAGGGAUGGCAUAUGGCAAAUUCAUGAGGUUUACAUUUACUGGCCCUGAACCACUGCUGCAUGUCCCAUUCCUAGAUGUGGCAUCACCUCAAGCAUAUGGCCUGGUAGGUAUGGCAGCUACCCUCGCUGGUGUAUGCAAGGUGCCUCUGACAUCUGUCCUGCUACUUUUUGAGCUUACACAAGACUAUCGUAUAGUUCUACCUUUUGUUGGGGCUGUCGGGUUAUCAUCCUGGAUUGCUUCUCCUCAAAGGUUCUCUAAAAGAAGUAAGCUGGAUUCUCAGGAGGAUAAAUCAAGUAUUCCUCAACAAGCAAACAACAUGCUCACUCAAAACAAACAGGCCACUUCCAUGGAUACAGAUGAUUCGCCGCUAGAAUUAUGUAAAAUUGAAAGCUCCCUUUGUGUCUAUGAUGCCAACGAGGACAAUAUGUUCAAAAAUCUUACUGUUGCAGAGGCCAUGAAAACUAACUACUUCUCCGUCUCAAUGACAACUCCAUUAAUUGAGGCUCUAGAUCUUAUGCUCGCCGAGAAGCAGCCCUUUGUUAUGAUAACUGAGAAUAACACAUUUGUAAGAGUCUUGCUGGCACUAAAGAACAUCCAAGAUUUUUGCAGAGCUGCAAAAACUACCAGAGCACAUGCUGAGGUAAAGGAACUCCUGAUAUCUCAUGUUUGCCAAGCAGGCAAGUGUAAAUCGUGGUCUGUGAUGCCUCAGAUGCCACUUACUACUGCAGAGAAGAUUAUGGACUCUCACGGUGUGGAUCACCUUCCUGUAGUUUCCGAGGAUGCUAAUCCUCAGGACAGAGGACCUUUGAUAGGUUUUGUAGACAGAGAAUGCAUUGCCAUCGCUGGAAGGGCCAUGGCAACAAAAGAAAUUUUCAGUUCUAUGUAUGAGAUAAAAAAGGAAGAGAGGGGUAGCACGGAAGGAAGAAAUGAGACGACACAGAAGCACUCCCUACUUAGCAAGUCUGGCAUCUUUUCCUGGUCAAGGCUAAGACCUCUCCAGGUUAUUUAG